AGAACCGGGGGGCAGCGGGGGGGGGGGCGCCACGUGACCCGGAGUCACGUGAGAUGGGGGCACUUAUGGGACUGAGGAGGCCGCUAUGGGGCUGAGGGGGGACCAAAAUGUGGGGCUGGAGCGCGGCCGCUGCCCCAUGGCGUCGGGCGGCGAGGAGGAGGAGGCGGCCGCUCUCUGCCCCCCGGUUCUGCCCCCCGGCGAGGAGCCUGGGGCCCCACAGCUCUGCCCCCCAUCUCCACUGCCCCACGGCGUCUCCUGCCCCACGGUGCUACCCCACAGCGUCUCCUGCCCCACGGCGCUGCCCCACGGCGUCUCGCCCGCCCGCGCCCACCUGACGGUGCUCGUGCUCUGCUACAUCAACCUCCUCAACUACAUGGAUCGCUUCACCGUCGCCAGUGUCCUGCCCGAUGUGGAGGAUUACUUCGGCAUCGGGGACAGCAGCUCGGGGCUCCUCCAGACAGUGUUCAUCUCCAGUUACACUGUCCUGGCCCCUCUCUUCGGGUACCUCGGCGACCGGCGCAGCCGACGGCGACUCCUCGGCCUCGGCCUCGGGCUCUGGUCGGCCGUGACGCUCGGCAGCAGCUUCGUCCCCAAGGAGCGGUUCUGGCUGCUGCUGGUGGGCCGGGGGCUGGUGGGGGUGGGCGAGGCCAGUUACUCCACCAUCGCCCCCACCCUCAUCGCCGACCUCUUCGCCGGAGCCGCCCGGAGCCGAGCCCUCGGCGCCUUCUACCUCGCCCUGCCUGUUGGGAGCGGCCUGGGCUUCGUGGUCGGAGCCAAAGUGAAGGAGGCAGCGGCCGAUUGGCGCUGGGCCCUGCGGGUGACGCCAGCGCUGGGUGCCCUGGCACUGGUGUUACUGGUGUUACUGGUGGCCGAGCCGCCCCGGGGGGUCCUGGAGCCGCGGGCCCCCCCGCCCGUCCCCCGCCCCAGCUGGGCCACUGACCUGCGCCUGCUGGCCACCAACCGGACGCUGGUGCUGUCGACGUUGGGGUUCACGGCGGUGGCCUUUGUCACCGGAGCGUUGGCCCUUUGGGGUCCCGCCUUCCUCUACCGCAGCCGAGUGGCCGCCGGGAGGGGCCCGGCCUGCGGGGGGGGGCGCUGCGAGAGGGACGAGAGCCUGGUGUUCGGGGCGCUGACGUGCGGCGCGGGGGUCCUGGGGGUGGCGGCGGGCGUGGAGCUGUCGCGACGGCUGCGGUCUCGGACGCGGCGUGGGGACGCGCUGCUGUGCGGGGGGGGGCUCCUGGCCAGCGCCCCGUGCCUGCUCGCCGCCCUGCUGGCCGCCCGCCGCGCCCCCAACGCCGCCUACGUCUUCAUCUUCCUGGGGGAGGCGCUGCUCUCCCUCAAUUGGGCGCUGGUGGCUGAUAUCUUACUGGACGUGGUGGUGCCGUCGCGGCGGGCGACAGCCGAGGCGCUGCAGAUCGUGGCCUCGCACUUACUGGGGGACGCUGGGAGCCCCCUGCUCAUCGGAGUGGUGAGCGACGCCCUGCAGGGGGGGUUCCCGGGGGGUCUCGCCCCGGCCCCCGCGCUGCUCCGCGCGCUGCUCCUCGCCCCCUUCGUGGCCGCCCUGGGGGGCGCAGCCUUCCUCGCCGCCGCCAUCGUCCUCCCCCACGACCGACGCGCCGCCAGGGGCCUGGAUGCUGAUGAUGUCAUCGAUGACGUCACCGCCCGGCCCCGCCCCCCGAGCGCGGGGGGGGGCAGCAAAUAAACCUUUGGAGCCACAAGAGCCUCGAGUCCUCCGUGACCCAUAGAUCUGCCCCAUAGAUCUGCCCCAUAGAGCACCCUGGGACCCAUAGAGCUGCCCCAUAGAUCUGCCCCAU